CCUUGUCGUCUCUCUCUCUCCGUGGGCUUAGCAACCGAGAGGCAGCCGACGCAGAGCCAUGGUUCACGUCAGCUUCUACCGGAACUAUGGGAAGACCUUCAAGAAGCCGCGACGCCCCUACGAGAAGGAGCGUCUCGAUGCAGAGCUGAAGCUUGUGGGAGAGUAUGGUCUCCGAUGUAAGAGGGAGUUGUGGAGGGUGCAGUACGCAUUGAGCCGUAUCCGUAACAAUGCGAGGAUGCUUCUCACUCUCGAUGAGAAAAAUCCGCGCAGGAUUUUCGAGGGCGAGGCGCUUUUGCGCAGGAUGAACCGGUACGGGCUCCUGGAGGAGAACCAGAACAAGCUCGAUUAUGUCCUGGCUCUGACCGUGGAGAACUUCCUUGAGCGCCGGCUUCAGACGCUUGUGUUCAAGUCGGGAAUGGCAAAGUCGAUUCAUCAUGCUCGCGUGCUUAUAAGACAGAGGCAUAUAAGGGUCGGGAGGCAGGUGGUCAACAUUCCAUCUUUCAUGGUGAGGGUCGAUUCUCAGAAGCAUAUCGAUUUCUCUCUAACGAGCCCGUUCGGAGGUGGACGCCCAGGAAGAGUGAAGAGAAAGAACACGAAGGCAGCUGCGAAGAAGGCAUCCGGUGGAGAUGGAGACGAAGAGGAUGAAGAUUGAACCUUAGGCUAGUUCCUGUAAACUGCAACUAUGAGCUCUUUUCUUACCCCACCUCUUUGCGUUCAUCAGGAAUCUGGCUCUUGCCAUGAGGCAGUGGUUUUUUAUACUUUGUUCUGGUAGAUCUUCCUACAUGUUCUGCAGUUUUGUUUCUCGAUGAAAUUCGGAUUAGGGUCUCUUUGGUAAUAUUCACAAUGGUUCAUCC